CACCCACAGCGCCAAAAUUCAAAAAUCACUCAAGAUGGCUAGAACGGCGUGUAAAUAAUCAUGAUAGCGUAAUUUUUAUAAUAAUCAAGUGACAAUAGACGCCACAUCGAGAUGCCUACACGAAAGCAAACGAUAAUAUGAAGGUUUGGACUAAAUACUUAAAAUAGUUAGGUGUAAGACGCUUGUUAUAAAAUAUACACAGCAAAGCCAUUCGUCGACAUGCUAACGUUUACAAAGCUUUAGCUACAUACAUUGAUCGCUCACGCAUGAAGAUGUUACAAAUAAUGUAGUGGAUCAUUUUCAUUUUGCAUACAAUAUUUCAGAGUAAACAAUAUUCAACUCUAUUUUCUUUUUGAAAGCUCGCGAAUGCAUAGUACAAGCGAAUGCUGCGCAAAUACGCACUGCCCGGGCCGACCAUAGUCCUAGUGUGUUUGUCUGGUUGAACUAGUGAGCCACGCGCACAUCUCUACUGUUGUAAAUGUGCCGUUAGCCAUAACAACUAUAGUUCUGAAAGCACGGAAGUUGCCAGGGAAACACAGAUAGUUGCGAUAGUUGGUACGGUUUGUGCGGAAAAUGUAAACUCGGGAAAAGUGAUCCUGUUUAAAUUUUGGUUAAAGCUUAAUUUCAUAGAUGACCAAGCAUCAAGACCAAUAGUCUGUCAGAAUUACUUGAAUAUCAAGGAGGAGUAAUCUGAUGACAAUGAGACGGAGCCCGAGGAGACCCUUGAUACUAAAAAGGCGAAGGCUACCUUUUCAACAGAGUGACCCAGGCCCCGAUUUGCAUAAAGCAGCAACUGAAGAUGCUUCACAGGCAAAUUCCAGUCGGUGCAUUCCUGAUGGUGUCUGCAUUAUGGAUCACCCCUCCAUGGCCUCUACACAGGUGGUGGUUGUCCCAAAGACUGCAGAUAUUCAGAAUGUAAUUGGAGUGCUCACUGCCAAAGGCAAAGAGUGUGGUGCACAGGGUCCAAAUAAGUUUAUUCUUUUAAGUGGGGACAAUAGCAACAGCAGUGGAUCUUUUUCUAAUAUUAUCUCACGGAAAAAUAAUUCAUCUUCAGAAACUACAAAUGGACAGAUAAACAUCCAGAAUAUUAAACUCUUCAAUGCCAUUAAACAAUGCAAAGAUAUGGAGUGUGGCCCACUAGAUAACAGUCUUACAAAUAUUCAGUGGUUGGGACGAAUGAGCACACAUUUUGUGGAACAGUUUCCAACCAAACCUCUUCCUGACAAGGAAAAGCUGCAGGUCUCCCAGAUGUUACAGAGUUGUAAUACACAAGCUGAUUCAGAAGUGUCUCUUAAGCAGUCACUGCCUGAGAGGCCACCAUACUCUUAUAUGGCUAUGAUCCAGUUUGCAAUCAACAGCAAACAGAGCAGGAAAAUGACCCUUAAAGAGAUUUAUAUGUGGAUUGAGGACCAUUUCCCUUACUUUAAAGAGGGGGCGAAACCUGGUUGGAAGAACUCUAUUCGACACAAUCUAUCAUUGCAUGACAUGUUUAUUCGUGAAACAUCAACUGAUGGCAAAGUUUCUUUUUGGACAAUCCGGCCCGAGGCAAACAGAUGUCUUACUCUUGAUCAAGUGUACAAGCCCGAUUUUGACCCUUUGAAAGUUCCUGGUCCACCAACAAUGCUUUUCUUUCUUAAUCAAAAAAGAAUGAUGAAUGAAUGUCAGAGUAUCAAGAAAACAUCGUUUGGCAGUGAGAGGAAAAUGAAGCCUCUUCUUCCCAGAACAGACUCAUACCUGGUGCCUAUCCAGCUUCCUGCUUCUUCGUCAGUGUACAUGCCACCGUCAUCAUCUAGUUCUCAGCAUAAACGUAGCAUUGUUCGAGGGGGGAAAAAAGUCCGGAUAGCUCCAAAGGUGUCAAUGGAUGAUGUAUCUGGAAUGGACAUAAAAGAAGAAGCAGUAGAAAUUCCAGUUAAUAGUGCUUCUACAAAAGCGACUUCUAAGCAGUCUACCAGCAGCUCUCGUCGCAAGCAGCGCCUCGUGCACUCUCUGCAUGAGGAGCCUCUUCUGUUGUGUCAUGGUAACACUUUUUUUGACUCUGGGGUGGUGUCAGACACUUCCACUUUCCAUGACAUGCCAGAUACCGUGUUGAACGAUGAAGAGAAUCUAAGCCCUAACAGAGAACUGUCUUUUAAAACGCCAAUUAAAAGUAGCAACCACAUGACCUCUUCAACCCCAAGUAAACCGCCUUGUAAUAUGUUCCCUGAGCAGUGGAAGGUGACCCCAGUCGGCAAACAUCGUGAAACUGUUCUGGACUUUAGUCCCAUUCGAACGCCUGGAGGUCCUGCAGUCACCCCACGACAUGAUUACACCACAUUUAGCUUUAGCAGCACGCCGUUUAAAGAUCUGCCCUUGUUCAACUCCCCCAGAGAGCUCCUCACUGCUUCAACAUCCAGAGCAUCAGACUUCCCGGGGGACUGCCACCCCAGUGGCUGCUCUAGAGAACUGCUGCAGACAACAGGAGUCACGCCCACGAAGCACUCCGUCACAGAAGGGCUGGUCCUCGACACCAUGAAUGACAGCCUCAGCAAGAUCCUCGUGGACAUUAGUUUCUCUGGUUUGGAUGAUGAGGACAUGGGAAUGGCCAACAUAAGCUGGUCAGAAUUCAUUCCACAAUUAAAAUAAUUACAUGUUUAUGUGUGGGACAGUCAUAUAUAAUUCUGAGAUGCAAAACUGAAAGUUUGUGACUGGCCAGUGGUCUUCAGAUUUAUUUAAAGCUGAUAUUAUGCAGCUUCUGUGUUUAUUUGAGUCACAAAACUUUUGCACUUCCAACUAAAGGUUUUAUUUGUAAUUUGAUUUUAAUCUCUUGUGUCACCUUAACCUCUGUCUGUAUUGUUUUUUGCAGCAUUUUCUUAUGUCCUAGUUCAGUCUGUAAUUUUGACCUUACUGAAGAAAAUGCUAGCUCUGA